AUUUAAGUGUGGCUCUUCUUCGCGAGUGGCUUCAUUUUCCUUCUCUCACUGUCUAAUUUUCCUUCACUUUCCCGGGAAAAUCAGACAUAAAUGGCGGAUUGGACCUUUCUUCCAAAAGACCUCCUAGAACAAAUCUCCAAAUGUCUCGACACCUCCACUGAUCUUCUUCGCUUCCGCUCCGUUUGCACUGCAUGGCGAUCCUCUGUCUCCCCAAAGCCGCGCCGCUUAUCUGGCGCUUUCCGGAUUCUUCCGAACGACGGAAUCUGCCGCACCUCAUUCGGUUUCUACCUGUCCAAACGCACUAUAUUCCUCAUCAGGCCACCCGAUUCCGAUAACCAAAUGGUUCCAGGGGGCUGGCUCGUCAAAAUCGAAGAAGAUAUCCCUGAUAGAAAGCGCUUAUUGAAUCCUCUAUCUAGGCAACAAUUGAAUCCUUUACCUAGUAACUUUCCUCGCGUUAUGAAUUUGCUGAACUUGCGGAUCUGCGAAUUGGGUCAAGAAUAUGUUCUGCAUCACGUUAACUAUAAGCCCAAUUCUUCAUCUUUCAGUGAUGCUGGUAAUCUAUACAUGGAGAAAGUGGUAAUGAUAUUGCUGAAUUUUGAAAGUGAUUUUAUGUUGCUUACCAUUCAUGUUUCUGGAAAAUUGGCUUUGUUUAGAAGUGGUGAUAGGAGAUGGACUAUAAUAAAAGAUAUGACAUCUCCUUACGAUGAUGUGAUUGUUUAUAAAGGUAAUUUUUAUGCGGUUGACAACACAGGGAGGACUGUGGUUGUGGGGUUGAAUUCAGAGUUGAGUUUGAUUGCAAAUCCUGUUUUUGGUGGUGACAAGAAGUAUUUGGUCGAGUCCAAUGGCGAAUUAUUGUUGGUUGAUAUGUAUUUGAGCAUUGAUACUGGGGAAGAGAGUCUGAGCUUUGGUGAGGAAUAUCUGGAGCACCUUGCCCAGUAUAUGAGCGAGAGGACAGUUAGGUUCAAGGUUUAUAAGUUGGAUGAACAAGCCAAAAGCUGGAUUGUGCUGAAAAGCUUGGGUGAUCGUGUGUUGUUUUUGGGUGAUGAUUCUACCUUUGCUGCGACAGCUUCGGAUCUUUCUGGGUGCGAGGGGAAUUGUAUAUUUUUUGUAGAUAAUUUCUUUUAUGCCAGGGAUGAGAGUCCAGCUGAGGGUGAUGACGGAAUAUUGGCUGGUCGAGAUGUAGGUGUGUAUGAUUUCGAGAAUGGUUGUAUAGGACCUUUGGUGAGGUACCCUGAACAUGCCAGGAUCUUCUGGCCACCUCCCCAUUGGAUUACUAUGACAUCCUUGGAAGUACAAACUCAAAAUAAAGUCGAAGAGUUGUCCUUGAAAAAUGAUGAUUAACUCUUCUUCUUUAUGGCAAUGCUGCUAAAUGUAGUCAUGGCCUGGUACUUGGAUAUCUAGAGCUGAAUCUUUGAAUGAUCUUGGACUGAUUUUGGUGAUAGGAAGUGUUUGGAAAUAAUACUGGUCCUGCUGUCAAAGAAUAUGAACAGAAACCUUCUGCGAUCUUUGAGUUCUGAUCAGUUUUUUGUAAAUAGCUGAAAGUUCUGAGACAGAUUAGAGAAUUGUCUCAUGAUGGUUGGAAGUUGAGCAUCUGCUAUCUUCUGUCUAGGAAGGAAAUGAGAUUAAGAUGGUGGUUACUGGAUCGCUCCAGUUAUCAUUUCGUUGAUUCGAUCUGAGACCAAAUCAGACUGCUGUUCAAUGCUGACUUAAUUUCCCUUUCUAUUAGGGCGUGUUGUUUAAUUCAUAUGUUCUUGUGCAGUUUGUCUUUUAACCAAAAUAUAGCUGGUGAAUUUUCACAAAAUCCUUUUGGAUUUGUACAGACCUUGAAGACCUAGCAGCAAUAACUUAAUAAUAGUUUUUUUCUUGUUAUAGUGCAAA